CACUUCUUGGUGGUUCACAAUGAACAAAUCUAAAUAGAAACGUAAUAUUCUUCCUGGUCUGUGCGCCAGUGUCACAAUGGCGGUGUGGGCCAGGGUUGUGUUUUUGGUGGCCAGUCUGAGUCUCGCAGCAGGUACCUGGCAAAAUGUCGCCCUGAACAAACCAGCAUGGGUGAGUAAAGUAUACACAGGCGCCAAUCUGCCGGCCAGUAAUGCUGUAGAUGGAGGGACUACCGCAAACAGUUAUAGAUAUACAGCCCACACACAGGUUAAGGAACCUACAGCCUGGUGGAAGGUGGAUCUACAGAGAGAAGUACAGUCAGCACAGGUUAAAAUCUACUUCAGGACUGACUUCAAAAAACGUCGUAAUGGCGUCCAACUCUACACCUCUGUUACGAAUUCAUCGGACCCAAAAGAAGGGCAUCUCUGUAAAGAAGUUACUGGACGUCCUAACGGUACGGACAUCCCUGACGUACUGAAUGUGACCUGUCCUAGAACCUGGCGCUACCUGACUGUCUACACAGAGACUGAUAAUGAUGGACAGGGUGCUGUGUUGGACUUUGUCGAGGUACAGGUGUGGACAUGCACUUCUGGGUAUUACGGAAGCAACUGUGACCAAAGUUGUGCUGCACUUCACUGCAAGUCGGACUCCAGCUGUGACGUACAAGGACAGUGUGUCGGUGGGUGUGCGGCUGGAUAUCAAGGAACAGACUGUCUUCAAGCCUGUGAUUCUGGGAGAUAUGGAGAAGGGUGCAGCAAGUCCUGCCGCAGCCGUCACUGUAAGACACCAUCUGUCACAUGUAAUCACAUCACUGGGGUGUGUCCUUAUGGCUGCGCUAGUGGUUCCAUGGGAGAUGACUGUUUGCAGUCAUGUAACUUAGGGAGGACGUACGGCCCUAACUGUGCCAGUGAAUGCAGUUCCCGACAUUGUAAGACACCCUCCUAUUCAUGCGACAUAUACACCGGACAGUGUAGUGCUGGGUGUGAAGAUGGGUGGACAGAGACAGACUGCUCCAAAGCCUGUGAUCAUGGGAGUUAUGGAGAAGGAUGCAGCAAGUCCUGCCGCAGCCGUCACUGUAAGACACCAUCUGACACAUGUAAUCACACGACUGGGGUGUGUUCUGAUGGCUGUGAAAGUGGUUACAAGGGAAAGGACUGUAUGCAACCCUGUGAUUCUCGGAGUUAUGGAGAAGGAUGCAGCAAGUCCUGUCGCAGCCGUCACUGUAAGACACCAUCUGACACAUGUAAUCACACGACUGGGGUGUGUUCUGAUGGUUGUGAAAGUGGUUACAAGGGAGAGGACUGUAUGCAACCAUGUACCUCGGGGAUGUACGGCCCUAACUGUGCCAGUGAAUGCAGUUAUCGACACUGUAAGACACGCCCCUCUUCAUGUGACAGAGAGACAGGUCGGUGUCCUGAUGGGUGUGAAGAUGGGUGGACAGAGAUAGACUGCACUAGAAACUGUGCUGAUGGAUUUUAUGGAAAUAACUGCUCUCUGAAAUGUGCUGAUAGACAUUGUACUAGUAAGACCUGUCUUGGUGAUGGAGAAUGUAGUACUGGAUGUGAUGCGGGAUGGACACUGCAGGACUGCACACACGAGUGCUCCAAUGGAUCAUAUGGCAGAAACUGUGAAUCCACCUGCGGCCAUUGUUCGGAGACCAACACAUGUCAUCACGUCUCUGGAACCUGUCCAGGUGGAUGUCAGGCAGGGUGGGAACUUCCCCUGUGUCAGACAGAGUGUGACAAUGGGACGUACGGAGAGAACUGUGAGAGAGACUGCGGCCACUGUAACGGGACAUGUGAUUCUGUUGAUGGAAGAUGUCGCUGGGGAUGUACUAAGGGAUACAAUGGUUCUCACUGCUCAGUGAAGCUUGCUGCUCUAAACGGACAAAACACAUCCCAGUUGUUUCCCGUGUCAGCUGUGGCGGGAACAGUUGCAGGUCUACUUGUUGCGGCUAUCCUCAUUAUUAUUGUGGUCCUUGUCAUCAGGAAGAGGAGGCUUCACCAAGGCGACAUCAACAAACACGUUGCAGAGUUCCACCCUGCAGCACAAGGGAAUGGCGCUGUUGGUAACGUGGUUCUAGAUGAGAACAAAGCAGUCCACCAGAAGCCACCAAUAAAACCAAAACCUGCCACACACACAGCAUCAAGCAAACAGCUUAGUUCUAAAGACAAAGACCAGGAGGAAGAAGACGUUGAUGAGGAAGUUCCAUCUCCUGACAGUUGUUACUACAACGCAGACGCCGAAGACGCCAUCAGAGACGUCGUUGUGCCUGAAUUAGCUGCAACAGUGGCAAUGCUCAAACAGAGGAAAGAUGGAUUCGAAAGAGAAUAUAACCGACUGCCGACUGGAUUCACAGCGUCAUAUCAAGACUCUCAGAAACCCGAGAACAGUGGCAAAAACAAGUUCAGAGGCUACUACCCCUACGACCAUAACCGUGUCCGCCUGACUCUCCUACCAGCUACCCCUGGCUCUGACUACAUCAACGCCAGUCUCAUGCACAGCUACAACCAGAGGAAGACUUAUAUAGCAGCUCAAGCCCCCAACAAGAAGACAGUCGGCGACUUCUGGAGGAUGAUCUGGGAACAUUCCUGCAGCGCUGUAGUCAUGUUGACUGGUCUGGUGGAGGAGACUAAGGUGAAAUGUGAGCAGUACUGGCCGGCAGAUGGUGUAAUGGACGUUGGCCUCUUCACAGUAGAGGUGGAGGUAACACAAACCCGUGCGAACUUCACAAUGAGACACAUGAAAGUCACUUCAAGGGCAACUGGAGAGAGUCGGUCAGUUAUCCAGUUCCACUUUACAUCCUGGCCUGACCACGGUGUCCCCGACACCCUCGCUCUCGUCAGCUACAUUUGGCUGGUCAGACAGACAGUUGAAGGAACAAACGGACCACUGCUUGUCCACUGCAGUGCGGGUAUUGGACGUACAGGCACAUACAUCGCCGUGGACUCCCUGAUAGACCAGGCGCGGGGGGAGGGGGUGGUGGAUAUCCUUGGGUACGUGUCCGUGAUGAGGGCACAGAGGAAGAACAUGAUACAGACUGCGGCCCAGUAUGAAUGUGUCUUCCACUGUCUGGUAGAGAUGACGACAUACGGCAGCACUAGCAUGGACGUCUCCAACUACACCACCAGUUAUGGCAGCAGCGGCAUGGACGCCACGGUUGAUGGCCGGACUCUCAGACAGUUGUCACAGAUGCUGGUGUCAGACACCCGAGAUGAUGCCCCUAACCGACACAGAAUGUGGGUGGAUGGUAACCCUGACUUCAUUGUCCGUGUGGGGCCGACCCUGACGUGCCUGAGGGGGUACCUGCAAGCCGCUGCCCCAGCCCCGAGAUUAGUGAAGUUGUUGUGGAAACUGGUUGAAGAGAACAACGUCCACAACAUCAUCGUCGUCACGCCAAAUCCGGGCUUAGUAGAAGCAGAGGGCAAGUCCAAGACGCACGGUGAGAUUACUGUGACGACAACGAGUCAAACCAACUUAUCGGGGGAUCUCUCCAUGAUCAACUUGCAGCUUGCUACAAAAGCAGCCAGACCCCGGCAAGUGAAGAUGGUCAACGCAGACGCCCACUUAACAAUGGAAGCCAUGACAUCACGUUUGUUAAACCACGCCGACCUUCAAAACACAUCAACUCAGACUCACCCUGUUGUUGUUGUUCACAGCAACAAUGACCGAAAACUUGCUGUCUCGCUCUGCAUCAUGGGUAAUAUUCUGUCCGGUAUUCGUGAGGAUGCCCGUGUUGACGUCGUCGAUCACGUGAGGACGUUCCUCCAAUGUUGCCCAGAUCUUCAGUUCACCCAGAGCGAUGUGCAGAUGUUCCACGACUUUGCGCAGCAGUGUAUUCUGAGGACAGACCCAGCUAAUACCUACGCCAACAUCUGAACUUAACACCAAACAAUCCCAAAGGACCACAUUACAUCAACUGUGCCAAUAUCUGAACUUAUUACCACACCUUAUGAACCUUUCCAACACCUAUGUCAUUUCACCUUGUUGUCUCUGUAUGUGUUUCCUUCGCUUUACACUCAACACCUGUAGCCUUAUAUGUGAUGCGUGUAUCAUAUACGAAUUUGUAGUCUUCAAUUCAAUUUGUGGUAAUCGUAAGGUGAAACUACCGUUACAGGUGGGAAACGAAGGCAGGGAUAUCCAGUGCUGUCGCGGUUAUAUAGGCUUCGUGCUGUGCCCGCCCUACAAAAUAUAUAUGUUGUUUUCACAUUAUGUUUCGACAAGCAUCAUAUUUAUAUACUGAUAAUAUACACUUGCAGUGGGUUACGUGAAAGUAUAAACUUCUUAAUUACACAGAAGCGUAUGCAUCGUCUACUUAUGCAGCACCUGAGGCAAAUAUGAAUGUCACAUAAUUAUUGCUUCUGAAUAGUUUACUUAUUGUAGUAUACCCAGAGUGCAUCCUUACAAUGUUAAUAUUGACUAGAUGAUAGCUUGCUGAUGUAUGCAGACGCACGUCUGUCAUGCAAGUGCGUCAUAAAGCAUGUACGUAAUAAAAUCGUACAGUCAUGGACAUAUACAUGGACAUUCCACUAAAACAAUAAAGGUGAUGCCUGUGUAUUUUUGUAUACUUUUACCCUUUCUUCCCGAUUCUCAGUGAAAGACCUGCUAUCUGGAAGAUCUUAAACAUUCGCGAGAACUGCUCGUGAUCUGAAAGAGUUUGUCAGCUGGUUAGCAUCUGUGUUAUGAUCUGUUAAUAUAACCCGUGAAGGAGAUUCUGUACUGGCCGUGAUUGGACCCAGUGGUCAUGUAUAUGUGUAAAUGCAAUAUCCUCUUUUUAUAUGGUGCUUAUAUAAACUCUUUUUUUAAUUCAUUUACUUACAUUUACAAUUAUAGACUUUAAUUUAUUUAAUAUCCUUUUCUGUAACCAGCACUAUUUAUUAUUUGAAUUUGUAUAUUUUGUUUUGAUCUCUUCGCUUUAAACAAUAAAAACAGUUAUUAAAUAUAUAUAUUGCUUACAAUUUUAAAUACAAUUCUACAAUAGAUGGGCGAAACAUUGUCGGGCACUGACAUCUUAGAUGUUGUUUUUCAUGAAAAUUGUUUAAAUGUCAAUAGAUUUUGUAUCAUCCUAUUGGGGACCCUGAGUAAGAGGUGAGGUGAGGUGAAAUGGGGUUUAAUGUCGCGUCCAAGAUUAUUGCACUUAUAUAGCGACGUGCAUAUGUACGUGUGUGUGUUUGUGUGGCUGCUUGUACUAGUCCGGACUGAUGCCGAUUUAUAGUGCUAGCUCACAGAGAUACCAUGCCACAGUUCAACAUGAAUCCGUUAAACUGACAAGACUCCGAGCCGACCAGUCCUUGUUUAAGCCCCUUAAUGCUGCUGCUCAUGCUAGCAUUGGUUUGUCUGAUCCAGCCUAGCUGCUUUUAUAAACUUUUGUUUUUAUUUGUUCUACAAGAAAUGAAAUAUUUAUAGAAAUAUGGGUAACAAGUAAACUGUGUUGAAUAUUUGAAAACAUCUGCUUGUGAUCUGUGUGUUUGUUAUCUAGUUUACCGUUUAUGAAAUGAUCUGUUCAAAUAGCAUGUAGAGAUCGAUGUAUCUGCAAUAUCCUUUUUUCUAUGUUGCUUUAAUAAACUCUUGUUUUAAGUUACAAGAAAUACAAUAUUUCCUUUAAAUAUGAAGUAUGAUAUAUUGAAUAUGCUUUUCUGUAACACAGCAUUUAUUCAUUUCAAUUUGUUUAUUUGUUUUCUUCCCUUCACUUUAGUCAAUAAAAUUUCAUUAAUUAUA